CAGUCGGCAGCAGUGGCUGCUCUCCGCCGCAGGAGGCGGGGCGCUCUGUGCUGGAAUUCCUUCCAGCGAAGAAGAAGCAGGGGCAAUGAACACACAGCUAGCAGCGAAGAGAAAAACAUGUACGACAUGUAAUUAAUGUAGCUCGGUAAUCGUGGUCUAACACAAAACGUUUCCACGAACAGAGUUCAAAAUAAAUCCAGGCGGAGGCGAAUUCAGACGCCAUAUUGGGUUACUACCAGAAAUAACAUGCUGUCGUUGUUGUGACGUGAAGAAGAGAGGAGCUAUCCAGCUACACCGUUAGCUUGUUUACAGUUCGGUUCUGUUUCGGUUUUGUGUUUAAUGUCACUGGGCUCCGGUACCGCGUGCAGACAUGGAGAGCCUGUACAAGCGGAAAAUGUUCGCGUCGAUGCGGAAAACCAAAGUGGACGCAUCGAAGAAGCGGCAGAUCGGCCUACCCGCUUCUAUCCUGGACGACAGUGACGAAGGCUCCUUCUCCUCCUCCUCCUCCGGAUCCCAAUCCGACUUCCAGAGCUCCCCGGAGGAGGACAGCGAGCAGGAGGAUCGGGACCGGAGUGAUUCCGGGGCGACUUCAAGCGACGACAGCCGCUCGGUGACGCGCAGAAAGCGCUCGUUCCUCGGAGGCGAUGACAGUUCCUCGUCGUCCAGUGCCGAGGAAGAGGAUGACGAGUCGGAGGACAAGAGCCAGCCGAAGAGGAUGGUUCAGCCCAGGAAGCGUAGCAGGCUGCAGCGACAGGACGAGUCAGACUCGGACCAUGCUGAGGAGAAGCAGAGAGAGGAGGCGGAGAAGGCGAAGAGGAGGCAGAGACACAACAAGCUUCUGGCUCUGUCCCGGAGGAUGAAAGCCCGGGUCCCGAGUCGGAGGAGGAGCCGCCUGAAUCAGGGUGGGAGUGAUGUGGAAGAAUCUAAAGAACUUGAGGAGAAUGAGGCCGCUGGUGACGGAGGCGGAGGAGAAAACGGCAGCAAGAAAGAGGCUUCAGAAAGUGAUGAUGGAGGCAAAAAAGAGAAGGACGAAGAAGAGGCGGAGAAGAAAAAGUAGAUCAAUGCCAUUGAGGACAGAGAGGAGUUUAAAUGUGAAGAAUACAAAUGAAGUGGAUCCUGAAGUGGGAAACUGCCUUGGCGUGAUGCUGAGAUCAUAAAGUGGCUCAUGGAUGCAUUGCUACUGGUUCAGUGUCAUAUAAUCAUCGUUAGUGAUCACCCUGCUCAUCUAAUGACAUCAGUCAAGUCACUUUUAUUUAUUUUUCUCAAAGUCACUGCUUCUAGAUGUUGAUCGCAGAUAGAUGUCAUGUCACUCAUGUUCCACUGUCAGGUGCACCUUCUUCACUUUCAAUGUGUCUUUUGUUAUUGUUACUGCUUGUGAAAGAAGAGGGCGGGGCUUCAUCACUGUCACAUGACAUGAGCCUGGCUGACAUAUCCAUAGACAUAAUAUAUGUAGACGCCUCAUAGUGUGCUAGAAUGUAAUCCUGCGUCGCCACAAUCUUGGUUGGGUCUCCUCACUGUAUGCUAGCACCAGAUUCAAUCGGAAUCAAUAGAGAGCGAGCAACUUUGACCGUAUUUUGUGCAGUUUAUGGUUGCAAUAACCGGCGCAGUAUUGUUACCAGAUCGUGGGGGAUUACCUUUCACAAGUAAGAUUUUUUUUAUUUUUUUAUUUUUUUGAAUAACUUUUGUGACAGCGCCCUGUAUCAUAACUAAAUCUUUGCCUAGUUGGGGAUACACCUUCUUCAGUAGAAAUAAAUGCUGGGGGGGCGCGCAUUGGAGACCCAUCCAAGAUGGCGGCCACGCUGAUACGCUAGCUCCAAUGGGCUGCGUCAGUCUAUGGGGCGUCUAUGUAUAUUAUGUCUAUGGACAUAUCACUACAAACAAUGACACACUGAUAUAAAUAGGUUCCUCCUCCUGACCAAGUAUUAUUGUUGCCUUAAGCUAACCAAACUGCAACAAAAAACAGAAAAUAAUGAGAACUUGAUAUGAAAUAAAACAGUGUGUCAAGAAUAUAACAAUAAGUUCCAAAUGGGAUGAAAAACCCCAGUCUCCUGUUGGAGGGUCCUGUACACUAAAUUUAACUACAACAGCAAGCUCUUGACCCAGCCAUUGUCGCUUUACACUCAGUUGUAAUAAUGGACCUGAGGUGUGUGUAAUGAAGAAACCUGUUCAGAGAAAGAGAUGGGCUUUGUGUGUGUGAGCUGGCUCGACUAAACCUAAAACCCCAGUCAGACUUAAUGGUACCAGGACAGAGCUCAUCAGUACAGACUGCUUGCCCAGACUUUUUUCUUCAUUCCCAUAAAAAGGGGCAUUUCAUGUGUCAUUUCACGAAAGGCAAGAAUGCUGCUGAACAUCACUUACUGUCUAAAUUCGGUAACCAGUAUAUUUAUUGCAACAUUCUGCGCGCUACAGUUGAUUUCAAAUAUGACAACUGCACAUCUUUCGCUCUUAAACUUGAUAUUUAACGAUCAUACUUAAGAAUUACUUUUAGGUAUGGCAUAAACAACAUGUGGUAGCAUCAUCACAUAGCUUUUUGCCAAAUAAGGUGAUUGAUUGAACAUUAUCUGAGAUGAAUACCAACUGCCUAUAAUCAUUUUGUAAUCGUUUUUUAUUCAUUGAAAUAUACCAGCAGUAUAAAGCCAACUUCAGAUAAACAGGACCAGACAUGAAAACAUAAAUAAAUGGUAAUUUCACGUGUGAAGGAAUAUUCUUAUGUAAUUGUAGCCUGUAUGUAAAUGGACAGGGACCACUACACACAUUCAAUGUUACUGUAAGUGCACGUCCUUGUUCAUGAAUGUAACAAUACAGCUCAACACAUUUGCAAAUACAUAGACUAAAACAUAUUCCCUCAGCUGAGAAGCAGUAUGACUGGUGAUUUAAGAUUAUUGAGAAAGCUGACCAAAUGUCUGCUUAUUGUUUUUACCCUGUAAACGGGGAAUUAGUUACAGACAGCUGAUGGAUGGUUAAACAAGCUGAUGGGUGAAUGGCGCUAUUAAGACAAUUUCAAGCUGAAACCGUGGAUAUAAGCUUGUGUGGACCAGGUCAGGUCUGUAGCAUCAAUGAUCGUGGUGUUCCAGGCAGGUUAACAGAGAGGCCCCUUCAUGGAACAGCAGCAUUAAUUAUGAUGUUAGGAACAACACAAACACUUGGUGUUGUGUCAAAGGUGUUUUACAUUAUUUUCUGUCAUUUUAUAACUAAAAAAACAAAUUAAACAAAUAUAAUUAACCACUUAAUUGAUAAUGAGAUGCCUUUUUUAGAGGCCAAGGUUAUUAACCAAAUGGUCCAAAAAUGUUCACUUUCAAUAAUUCGUAUCAUAGGAAGACUGCGAUCAUUUCACGUGUUUUUGUUUUCCAUCCUUAAAAUGAACCAAUGGGACUGACAACCAGAAGUAUUCGUUUGAGUUGAGUUCUUAUAAACAUAGAUAAUAAACUGGGAUGUUCAUUCUGGAUCUGUAGGAACUGUAGGUAUGGUAAAGGUAGGUAAGUAGGAAGGUAAAGAAAAUAUAAAGAUUAAGGGUCCAUUCAAUACCUUUUCUGGUGCCUUCAGCUGCACCUCACACUCCUGAAUGAAUGGAGCUGCUGUACUUGUAGUUUUGUCAUUAAGAGAGGGUCUCUGCAUUAUAUGUGAGUGUCCACUGACUCCUGGUUGACGACAUUUGAGUCUUUCCUUGUAAGGCUGCUCUUUUCAAUGUUGAUAGAUCAAUGUUGAUGGUUGUUUGGUCUGUAAAAUGUCAGAAAAUGUUGAGAAAUAUUGAGUAUUGUGUCCCAAAGCCCAAUUGGAUGUCCUCAGAUGACUUGUUUUGUCCUCAGCCAAAAGAUAUUCAGUUUUCUGUCAUAGAAGAGGAAAGACACCAGAAAAUAUUCACAUUUGAGACACUGAAAUUUUGACUUUUAAAAAACUACUCAACUGAUCUAUUAAUUUUAUAAACUGUUGGUGAUAAAGUUGACAGUGAAUAAUUAUGUUGUUACAGCUCAAUUAAUGCUGGAUUUGCUUUCACAGACAGGUCAUUGACCAGAAGCCAGUUGACCAAAAGUUCACAGCUCAGUCUUGUGACGACACCCGAGCCAGUUCCGUUCGGUAAAUGACAACUUUGAGCUGCAGUUGACAACUCCAAAUAUUACCAAAGACUGUGUGUUUAAUUGCAAACAAACAUAAAUAGUUGAAAGAGAAUGUAAAAGUUUGAAGGUAAAGCCGCUGUAAAGCCACUGAAUUGAUGGAUUUCCAGUAACAUGUUAUCACAGCUAACAGGGAAGACAGAACUAUCUAAAUAAGAUUUGUAUGUGAAGUUUGUAUAUGUCACCUGAGAUUCUGGACACUUCUUCAAAAUAUAGAAGUAUUAUUACUGAU